CCCCACAGCUUCCCACUCAUAUUGGCUACACCUCCCCUCCACAUCGAAGCAGUGGUUACAUGUUACAUUCUACACCUCCAGGACCCUCUAUUAGGUCUACCCAAGCUCCACAACUACCCCUGGUUAGGCUCUCCUCACCAGUAUCGGCACUAUCCCAUACCUCCUCGUAUGGCCUAGGCAGCUACUGCGUUCGCUUAGGCCCAGUCUGGAAUUUUGUUGCUUGUGUUUCGGAUAGUACGACUACAACCACCAAAGUCAGAGAGGGCCUCACAGAAGAAACUCCAACUAUUGCCGACUUAGAUGAUUGCAUUCACUUGCUCCAUAAUACAGUUGGUGAUAUAUCAAAACUGAAAGCUUUCAAAGAGCCAUUGGAUAUCAUGAAAAGAAUUGUGAAAUACUUUGGGAAAUCUGGACUGGCAACCAAUCAUUUACUGGAGUACCAUCAAACUCAAAUGACUGAUCUCAGCAAUGACAAAGUUCUACGGAUCCAAAAGCCCAGUGGGACACAUUUUGGCUCACUUCAUACAUCUGCAAUGUUACUCCUUCCUAAUCUCCCAGCAAUUCAAACUCUCAUUGCAGAAAAACAAAUUAAGUUCCUAAAAGUGCAUUCAUGA